CCCCUAGCUUACGGUGGUACCGGUACGACCAGUGCAGCCUUUCUUCAAAUCUUUCUUCUCUUUCUCCUUCCGCUCAACGCCUCAACCUGCAUCUCUGCAUCUGAGAGAGAGAGAGAGAGAGAUGACGCUUGGAACGUCGAAACAGGCGUACGGAGACCGAUCUUACUGGGACAACCGGUAUAGUCAAGAUCCACGCCCUUUCGACUGGUACCAGAAAUACUCGGCCCUUUCUCCCUUGCUCGACCUUUACGUCCGUCGCGACGGACGAAUCCUCCUCGUCGGAUGCGGCAAUUCAGUGUUGGGGGAAGACAUGGUCAGUGAUGGCUACCAGGAUGUUGUCAACAUUGAUAUUUCCUCGGUGGUGAUUGAUGCAAUGCAAAAGAAAUACCUGGACUGCCCGGAGCUGAAAUAUAUCAAAAUGGAUGUUCGAGAUAUGAAUGCUUUUGAAUCUGGUUCAUUUGAUGCUGUUAUUGAUAAAGGAACUCUAGACUCUCUAAUGUGUGGACAUAAUGCACAACAAAAUGCUGCUAAGAUGCUUGAGGAGGUUGGGAGGAUUCUCAAGGACAGAGGAAUCUAUGUUCUGAUUACAUAUGGAGCUCCAUGUUAUCGACUGCCUUUAUUGAGAGAGCCAUGCUCAUGGACAAUAAAACUCCAUGUAAUAGAAAAGCUUGGUUCGGAGACAAGUCCACAUCCCAAAUGGGAACUGACAGAUCCCGUGCUGUUGAACGAGAAUGGCAGCUCAGUCACUGCAGUUCUAGGUGAAAACCCCGAUGUUCAUUAUAUUUACGUUUGUAUCAAGGCUUGGGUAAUCUGCUUUCAGGAUGAAUCUUUGAGGCCGGCAUUGAAGCAUGAAGGUGAAGAACACAGUUCAUGAGUGAAGGUGAAUAAUGUGAACUACUCAGUUCAUGAGUGAAGGUGAAUAAUGUGAACUACACAGUUCAUGAGUGAAGGUGAAUACAUGGAGUGAUUAUUUGUACAAAUUCUCUUAUGUAAGCUCCAUGAUGUCCUUGUAGUAUUUGUGUCAUACAAGUGCAGAGUAACAAAUCUUGCCAUACAGAAAUUCAUAAACAGAUGUAUUUUUAACUGUGAGAAGUCAUUUUUCUGGCACAGAAGCUGCAACUUCAAUAAUGAUUUCAGUGGAAUUGUCUUCAA